UUUUUGAAGGGGUCUGGAAUGUUUAUGGGAAUAUCAGAGUGUGAUGGUUAUAUGAUGGAUUUAGGAAAGCGUGAGGAUGAGGAUGUGAAUAAGUUGUAUGAAGUGAUUUUUCAAGUGUCAAAGCGUAAGCCGAGUAGAACUUUGAUGGUAGAACAUCAAGUUUUGCCUGGUAAUGUGACUAUAGGCAAUUUCAGGGAUAUUUGGUGGAUUUGUGGUGAAAAUGCUUAUUUAUUUCUACCAUACAGGUGGACAGGAUGUUGCUAUAUGGCAACACUGAAACUCCCAUAUGAAGUUUUUUCUGUCCAGAAGGGAGAAGCAUCUGAUGAGGCUCAAUCUAAUGUUGCUUCUGGAAGUAGGAAUAAAAGAGAAUUAGCGCAAUUUCAUAAUCUGGAGUCCUACCAUUGGAGAAUAAGCAUAGGAGAAAAAUGGGGAAUAGGAUUGUUUCCAUGGUAUGGAGUGACAUUUUUGGCAGAUCAUAUUGAUAACAUUACAUACACCUUACAGGGCUUUGCAAACGAAACUAUAAGAGGUUUCGAAAUGUUGUCAAACACCCAAAGGAGCCAUAGAUUGACAUUGUUAAAACACGACAUGGCUCUUGAUUAUAUUUUGGCCAAACAAGGGGGCUUAUGUGUUGCGUUAAAUUUAACGGGAGAUGCCUGCUACACUUUGAUUCCUGAUAAUUCAGAUAAUAUAACUAAUGUCAUAGAUGCACUGAAGCACAUAAGAGAUGCAUUUGGUCCAUCAGAAGGAGCUGGUUGGUCUGCAAAUAGUUGGUUGCAGGAGAAAUUAGGGCCACUAGGAGCAGUGCUAGUUCAAAUUAUGGUAGCAGUACUUGUAUCGUUAUGUGUGAUGUUUUGUUUUUGCACGUUACUGUUGACUUUUGCGAAGGCUAUGAUAUUGAGAUGGGUUGGUGUAGUGAUGCCAGGAGAUCAGGUUCAGAUGCCAUUAUUAGAAAGGACUGAUUCGGACGAGGAUGAGAAAGUAAUGAUGGAAGGUGAACUGGUGGAGAAAUAUCCAUAUUAACCACAUUUAACAUACUUAUAGUUUUAACAUUUAUUUUAGAAGUGUAUUCAAUGAUUUGAAUUGUAUGUUAUUUCUACAAAAGAUACUGGUUGGUGUUUUCUUUUUCCCUUAAGAACAACAUUGGGGGAGGACCGCUAUGAAGGCGGUUGAUGAUUCAAGGAUCCCAAGCUGUUAAGGGAUUCAGAAAGUAUAAUAAGGACAAUCAAAAUGAAUGAAAGACUCUGAACAAGGACAUUGUGAAAAUGUUCAGAGUAAACAUGUCGUCACUACUACAUUGGGAAUCGACGUUGCAGAGGAACUACAAGCUGAUAAGUUCCGGUGUUUAGAAAAUAUAAAAUGAAUAAAAAAUGAAAAAUGAUGAUUGAAAAAUGAA